AUGAUAAAAAGGGAAGAUGAGAACUACUCGGUACAUUUAACUUAUCUCUUUGAGCGGUAUAUCAAGCUGACUUUUCUCAUAAAUUCUUUCAAAAAGUUAAAAUCUGUGGUUCCUCCAAGGAAGCAUUCCUUCUCGUUUUUAGUUUCUGAGGCCGCGUCCCUCGAAGGGUCUUAUGGACUUGUGCUGAAAUUCCAUCUGUUCAUCGCUGAAUCUGUAUCCGAUUGCCGAGCAACAGUGAAUGCGCUAAAUACUCUUGUUUCGUGUGAGGCGGUCAAGCAAAAGCGGCCCAGAUCGUUAUUGGUGAUUGUUAACCCCUAUGGCGGAAAGAAAGCGGCGUUGCGCAUAUGGAGAAAACAUGUGGCACCCAUUUUUUCAUUGGCUCGCAUUUUCUUUGAAGUUUGUGUGACCGAGUACAGUGGGCAUGCUAAGGAUAUUGUUUAUAAGUCUAAUUUAAAGAAUUAUGACGGCCUCGUGUGCAUCGGAGGCGACGGAACGUUUAACGAGGUUUUGGAUGCGGUUAUUUCUGUAGAUUCCGACAUCUGCCUCAGCCCGCUCCCAGGGGGCUCAACCAAUUGUCUUGCCUAUACUACAUGCGGAGUGGCCACGCCUGUGACGUCCGCCCUUCACAUCGUUCUUGGAAACCACCGACCACUCGACUGCGCGCAAGUCUUUAAUCAGGGAGCACUUGUAAAACACGUGGUGACAAUGAUGAGCUACGGUUUUCUAGGCGACGUAAUGAGGACUUCAGAGAAAUACAGAUGGAUGGGGCCCAGCCGAUACGACUAUGCGGGCUUUCAGAGGGUGAUGACCCCCGAGUUUUACUAUGGAAGAAUUAGUUUCAAGAGAGCGGUGCCCUUGAACGACUCGGAGACAGACAGAGAGGGAUGGACACAUGUGGAAGGCGAACACCUCUGCGUAAAUAUCGCCGUCUGUCGUUGUCAGUGUGCCAAGUGCCCGGGCGGUAUGGCUCCCCAAAAUAAGCUCGAUGACGGCAUUGCAGAUCUAAUUUUGGUGGGGAAGUGCUCUCGGACGGCUUAUAUUCAUCACUUGCUAAAGCUUUCCGACAUAAACGAAGACCAUUUUAAUUUUAAAUUUGUUAAACACGAGAGGAUUACUGAAUUGAAAUAUAAUGCUCUUGGCGAUACUUCAAGUUGUUGGAACAUUGAUGGGGAACUCCUUUUUACGUCGAACCUUCAUUUGAUCAUGAAAAAGAAGUUAAUUGAAAUUUUUGCCCCUCCUUACAUUCAGUAA